AUGUUACGUGAAAACACACCCAUGGAGGAAUUGAUCAACUAUAUCAUUGCUCUUCAACUAGCUCAGGAAGCUGCUCCCGUAAGGACUUGGGAACUAGCUCAGGAAGCUGCUCCCGUAAGGACUUGGGAAGUUCUUGGUGAUGGGGGUUCAUCGAGUGGCACUGCCACGGCUAAUGUGGGGGAGAAGUCAAAGUCAAAGGGUAAAGGAAUAAAAAUUGAAGAGAAGAAGGCAUCUCCAGACUUUGUUGACAGAGGGAAGAAACGUCAAAGACCCCGAUAUGUGGGAGGCUCAAGUUCGAUGAUGGAAACCCCGAGGAUGCAAGAUGAGCCCGGACAUGUGGGAGGCUCAAGUUCGAUGAUGGUAACCCCGAGGAUGCAAGAUGAGCCCGGACAUGUGGGAGGCUCAAGUUCGAUGAUGGUAACCCCGAGGAUGAUGCAAUAUGAGCCCGGACAUGUGGGAGGCUCAAGUUCGAUGAUGGUAACCCCGAGGAUGAUGCAAUAUGAGCCCGGACAUGUGGGAGGCUCAAGUUCGAUGAUGGUAACCUCGAGGAUGAUGCAAUAUGAGCCCGGACAUGUGGGAGGCUCAGGUUCGAUGAUGGUAACCCCGAGGAUGAUGCAAUAUGAGCCCGGACAUGUGGGAGGCUCAAGUUCGAUGAUGCUAACCCCGAGGAUGCAAUAUGAGUCGAAACGGAGAGCAUCCGAGUUCCCCAGUGUAAUGCAGCCAAGUUUGUCGAGGCGAAGACCUUAUUUCUUCUACGCAAACCUGGGAGAGCUGUCUUUCGAAUGGAGGUGUAAGGUCUCUAAGUUCCUGUUUGAAAUUCAACAAGUGAAUGUGGAUACUAGUAUGUUCUCCGGGUUUCACAGGAAAGAAGUAUACGUGCAUGACCUCCCAACUGAAAACAGGUGUGGUAUACUCACACAGCCAAAAUUGAGUAUGUUUGAUGAAAAAAACCCUGAAAAGUUAGAGUAUCUGAUGGGGUAUCCGCCGUACCACACUGCUGGUGUAAAGUUGGCUGAAAGAUUGAAGUUGCUUGAUUAUUGCUUCCAAACCGAUACAUUGGGUUACCACAUCUCAGGGAUCAAGGCUCAGUUUCCUGACGGGGUAAGACUUCUAUCACUCUUCAGUGGAGUCGGUGGUGCUGAAAUCGCCUUAAGCCGCUUGAGGAUUCAUCUGAGAUGUGUUGUCUCUGUUGAGCACUGCGGAUUGAGCCGGAACAUACUGAAGAGAUGGUGGCAGACUUCAAGACAAACCGGAGAGCUUGUGCAGAUUGAAGACAUCGCUAGCGUAAGGACAAAGACGCUGGAGGAUUUGGUGGAGAGGUUUGGAGGUUUUGACCUGAUCAUCUGCCAAAACCCACCAGCACCAGCUGAUCUCUCUGAAGGAAGCUCGGGAACCAAAGCCUGUGCAUUUCAGUAUCUGCUGUUCCAAGAGUGCGUUCGCAUCAUAAGGCGUGCUAGAGAUGUGAUGGAGUUAUAA